UCUUUAUUUCAUAACAAUAAUUUGUAAAUAAUAAAUUUCUUGUAUAAAACUUGUGAUUAAACCCCCCAAAAAUGUGUGAAAUAAAGCAAAAUUUCGUUACCCACGACCUGGUGCAUAAUCUGCGAUGCCAAAAACGUGGUCCCAGGAUAAGACACGAAAUGCGAAAGAUUAGGUCUUGGCCAGGAGCUCGAUUUAUGUGCGUUUGCCGGAAUGGAGACUUGAAUACGGCUGCCUAUUGUUUGGCAGAGUUGAUGCAGGAGCCAUUCCAGCCUUUUCCCAUGGCCACCGUGGCGGUGCAUCAUUCGAUCCGGGAUGAGUUCAUCGAGAGGGUGAGAAGUCGCUUCCGGCAGCUGAAACCGCAUGUGGCCAACCAUCCGAAUUAUGCGAGAGCCGUUGAGGAGUUAAAACACGGACUAAGACCUGUUAACUACAUUGUGGGCAAUAAGGAAGAUGCACCGGCCUGUGCCAGUCCCAUUUUGGUAAUGGAUAUUACCCAUUUGUUCUUCCCGAGUGGGCCAUCGGGUUGUACAACUUUGCAUGUCUUCAACACGAUGAGGAAUGUAUCGGAAAUCUUUACUUCGGAGACCCCGAAAUUCGAUGCUGUCUAUUAUUUUGAUGAGUCUAUUGCGGGUGUCUAUAUUCUGGCCAAGUUGAUACAGUGUGUCCAGUUUUACGUUAACUGCAUGGAUGCGUGUCUGCUGGAGAUUAUGCCUUAUUAUAUGGAUCAUACUCCGAUGGUGAUCUACAAGAGGGGCUAUCACUAUGAGACCCUUGAACUUGGUUCACAGUGGAAGAUCAUCGUCUUUCCCUACAGCACUUCCAUCUUGCGGCAAUGUUGCUGCCCCACUGGCCAAUGUCGCUGCUAUGCCACACAUUCGGCCUGCUGUGAAGAACAUUUGCACACACACUAAUGUGGUGAUUCCUUUCCAGAAUCUAAGGCUGAUAAUUUGGAGAUGCAACUCUAUCUUGGCAAAGGAAAUCAGAACUUCCUCCGUCUGUACUUCGACUGCCGGCAUCGCUCCAGAAAUCCGCAGUUCCAAUGAGUAGUUUGCGACUGGCAACACAUGUGAGCCAUAAUUUUCGCGGUACUUGACUCUUGGAUUGCCAGUAAAGUGUUAAUUGGCUAUAGGGGAUUGUUAUUAAAUUGACUGGUAAAUGGGAAUUUAAAGAUUUUAAUAAAAAAUUUGUUUCCUUAAACAGAAAAACUAAAUUUGAAGUAAUUUUUAUACGAAAAUGUCUUAAAAUUUCUAACAAGGAUGGUUUCUUAAUACUAAUAACUAAAAACUAGCUGUUAGGAUAGCUUAAAAAUGGAUUAAU